AAAGAAAAUUGUUUAGUGGGUGUGAAGCGCAGGUGAAUGAAGGAGAAUUUUGAGAAUUUUUUGGUGAAUUUUCUAAAGGAAAACUAGUCGUGAAAAUGCCAAAUAAGAAGCGUCAACCCUUCUAUUUCUUCAUGCUGGAGGUGCAGAAGAAGCAGAGGGAACGCGGAAAGCACUAUUCACUGCAGGAAAUGCCUGCAAUUGCCUCACCAAUUUGGGCUAGCAUGUCCAAGGAGGAGAAGGCCAAGUAUGAGGAGCAAGCGAAGAGGCACAAUGGCCAGCUGGGGAGUAGCAGUAGCAUUAAGACGUGCCACGGGAUUGACUACACGGAAGUUGAGCGGGAACAGCGUCAAGCGGCGAAGCAGCAGAAAACAAUGAAGGAAGAUGUGAGGCAGAUGAUCAAGCAGGCCAUCCUGGCGCAGAAGAUCAGCUCCAAGACGUACUUUGUUAUCCACAUCAAUUACUUUUGCCAAUCACGCGGUUCCGACGGAGAGCCACACUAUGAUGCUGCUGAAUUGGCAAUUUUGGACUUUUCCCUCGAAGACGGCAUUAAGCGUGGCAUGCACACGUUCAUGAAGCUCGAUACGCUGCCCUAUGGGUACAGCUUCGAGGCGACACGGCAUACGAAUGACACGCACCAGCUGCCACUGCCCCCGGACACAAUUGGGCAGACAACUAUCCGGGAAGCUGUGCUGGAGGUUAUAAACUUCAUCAGUGAGGUGGAUGAUGACGUUUGCCCGCCAAUUUUCACCUUUGACGACCACAUUCCCGUUGUCCGGAGUAUCUUUGACGAUGUCCUCAGUCAAUUGGCCACGGCGAAUCCCGGCGAUGUGCGCAUUUACUCCCUCUCCGAAUUACUCUUCCACCUCAAGGCGGCUACGCACAGUCAGGCGGUCAUUGCUGCUCCCCAGCAACCCUUUGCUUCCGUCUUCCUGGCUGAGAGCUACCUGGAACGCGGGACCUUUGACUACGCCGAGGGGCUGCCGUGUGAGUACCAUCAGGAGAUCGAUCGUGUGCCCAAUUGCUCCCAGACAAAGAUCAAGGGGUGGGCUUUUUCAAUCAUUCGAAGCUGUGCCCCAGAUCUGGGAAUUACAUUCAUGGAGGGGAAGCAUGAGCCCAUGAAUACCCAGCCGACGCCACAGCCCAAGAUCCGCGACGAUGAAUCCGUCUUCACGGCCACGGAUCUCACUUCCGAGGCAAAUCGCUCGAAUUUCUCACACAGCGCCCCCAUUAGGAAUCCCUGGGGUGCUGCCUCUCAAGCCCCAACAGGAAUCAGCAGCACAGCCAACACCUCCAGCUAUUUCAACACCACCAAGGACUCCUCCUUCGCCAAUACCGAUGACUUCCCUCUCUUGCGCGACAUUAAGCGCGGCAAGGGACGUGGCAAUCUUCUUUAGAACUUUUUAAUCUAAAAAAGUUCUCCCCUACGCGGUUUUUAAAAGGAUCUGAAAUUGCAAUUGUCUUUUUUUCUAACCUAAAACUCUUUCCAACUGCUGAAAAACAGUUAAAAUUGAGAUUUUUCAUUUAUAAAAAUUAAAUUUUCCACGUAAAUACUUGAUUUUUUCAAUUAUAAUUUGAAUUUUUCUAAAUAGUUCCUUUCUCUAAAAAAAAAGUUUGAUUAUGAAUUUUGUAAAAAAGAUAUUUUUUGAGUAAAAUGAUUAUACUGAAAUGUUGAUUGAAUAAAAAGAAUUUAAGCAUAA